AGACGGGUGUAUAGAACAACAACACAUGUACCAUGGGAAUUAGGACAGAUCAUGGAUUCAGAAACAUUCGAAAAAUCUCGUCUCUAUCAGCUGGACAAAAGUACUUUCAGCUUUUGGUCAGGCCUGUACUCAGAGGUUGAGGGCACUAUGAUUCUUCUCUGUGGAGGAAUUCCUUUUCUCUGGAAUGUGUCUGGUCAGAUCUCUGGUCGUGCUGGGUUUGGACCAGAAUAUGAGAUUGUUCAGUCAUUGGUAUUUCUGCUGCUUGCAACACUCUUCAGUGCAGUGACUGGUCUCCCAUGGAGUUUAUAUAACACAUUCGUCAUAGAAGAGAAACAUGGCUUCAAUCAACAGACGCUGGGAUUUUUUUUUAAGGAUGCUAUCAAGAAGUUUAUCGUGACUCAAUGUAUUCUGUUGCCAGUGACGUCCCUUCUGCUUUACAUUAUUAAAAUAGGGGGAGACUACUUCUUCAUCUAUGCCUGGCUCUUCACAUUAGUUGUUUCCUUGGUGAGUAUGAGAAUAUGGGUUUCUUCCAAAUGCUAG